AUGCGGCGAGAGUUGGCGACUGCUCUACUGGGUGUUGUUCAGUUAACCACGUCACUGUCAAAGUCUAGUUCAAGAGAAAGCAUGAAUAGGGAGUCUGUUCCAUCCAUAUUGAACUCUAAAAGGUUCUGGCUUUCUGUCGCCGCCUUAGCCCUAGUUCGUGAUCGCUCAUGGCUGGCACUUAGUGAGAAAUGGAACGAUGUACCUACACCCAAUCAAGGGCCGAUCACUUUGUGCGAAAACCACGACGAUGGCGUGACUCCGGCUCAGGUAUUUUGCUCUGACUGUGAAUGUGCGCUGUGUCGGGAGUGCUUCUCUGUCAUGCACUUACAAAAACGAAAGCGUUCUCAUCGUGUCACCUCUUUGGCACCACCUCCGGCUCGUUUGGAAGAGAUUGACAUUCAUCAAGGAUGCGCUAGAAUGAGAGUUGCAAAUCUUUUGGUUGGUGGAUUUCUCAAGAUACUGUUCCAUGGAGAAUCUCUUAAUGGCUUAGUGGAAUUACCGGCUGAUCCAUUUUUUGCAUUUGCCAGCGCAGCAAAUAUUUCAGCUGCGAGAUCUUCUCCGACAGUAUGCAGAUUUUGUGGGAAUCCACUGGAUCCACAUAACCAAUUCGUCGGUGUUUGCUCACAUCCGGACUGUGUACGGUAUUCUACUACGGCAUGUUGUCGAACACUUGCCUGUGGGCAUCAAUGCGGAGGGAUUGCU